AUGGCUCUUGUGGCUGAUUCUCCAAGCAGAGAGGAUAUUGACCACUGUGACCCUGACCCGUGUGAAAAUGGCGGAUUGUGUCACGGCACAGAGGAGACCUACAGCUGUGAGUGCCCCGAUGGGUUCGAAGGGCAACAUUGCGAAAUCGACCUGGACGAGUGUGAAUCCUGGCCCUGUUUGAAUGGCGGCGCCUGCUUUGAUGUCCCGGGGAAGUACGUGUGCGCAUGCGUAGACGGCUACUCAGGAACCAACUGCGAAGAAGAUGUGGACGAGUGUUCUUCGUCGCCAUGUCAGAACAACGGAGUCUGCGUACACGGGCUGGACGAGUUCACGUGCGAGUGUCUCAGGGGGUUCUUCGGGCCGCGCUGUGAAGUCGACCUGAACGAGUGCACAUCCAGUCCGUGCAGGAAUAACGGCACGUGUGUGGAUCUACCUGGAGCAUACAGGUGUGACUGUCCGCACGGCAUCGUGGGGAAUAACUGCGAGUAUGAUGUGAUACCCUGUCUGUCGGCUCCCUGUUUGAACGGUGGAAACUGUUCGGCGUUUGGUGACCUCUACAUCUGCUUCUGUGCGGAGGGAUUCUAUGGGAGGAACUGCGAGCACGAACUACCAAGCGAAUCCGAAGGUCCAACUUCUGGCCAAGCGCAAGACGAGACACUUCCCAUCAUGCACAUCGUCCUGGCCGGCGUGGCAGGCCCCGUGGUGCUCAUAACGCUCUUCCUCCUCUACAAGUUUUACGAAAGACUCAAGAAAAAACACAAGACCAAACAGGUGGCCGUCAAGCCGAAAAACACCGACUCGGUAACUCCAGUAGAUUCUACGAACUCUUCCUCCAACCUCCUAUUGCCUACGAACCCCCUGGAUGUGAAGAAAGACCAACAGUACAUCAACACUUUACAGAGACCGGGAGGACGGCCAUCUUUCCGGCCGAUUCAGUUGGUCGCAGCUUUCCCGGGAGCGAAACCCGCCAUAACGGUCACUCCGCUCGAAAGCGCGUCUCAGAAUAACGCGACCCUCGUUACACCAUUCAAACAGGACGACGGUAAGAACGCAAAUAGCCUGACCGUCCCAACACAAGCCAAUCCCACAUCUUCUCUUCGCGCGCAAAAUUCUUCCCAUCGUCCCACGUCGGGUCAUGCCGUCACUCUCCCGUCAGUCCUUGCGCAGAAGAAGCCAGCCACAGCGCAUGCGCCACCACCCACGGAAACCAUGGUAACCGAGUUCGAUGAUGACGACUUUGAUGACGACGAAUCUGAAUCCGAGUUUGAAGACGACGUGGACGAAGAAACUGUCUAUUCAUGACGCAUUGACAAAGGAAUAAGUAGACUGUUAAUAUCUAUUUCUUAAGAACGUUUACCUUCACGAAAUGGAAACAUGUUGUUUUUGCUCCGUUUAGUCCUCCUCUUCUUUCAGCAUCCAUCUUUUCCUCUCCAAACAUAUGAGGUCAAUGACGGCUGGCACUAUGGUCACUGAUAUAGCGACCCUAAUGGUUCAUUACAUCAUGUAAUAAGUGGCAGGACAGAGCUGGAGGGGCUGGUCAUCCAAUAACGUUAUUGAAAUGUGUUGGAGUAAGAAUACAGGGCUGUUGAGUAGGAAUACAGGGAUGUUAA